ACCCAAUAUUCAAGUUAUCAAUUAAGAGUUUUUACUCGUGUUCCUUUGUGAACGUUUGUGCAAGCUUCUGUCGAGAGUCUCCAGGAGUUUCACGUGUCUCUUAUCAACUAGAGAACGCGUCUAGUUGUGGCGAGCAUCUAUCCUAUAUCAAUUGCCCCUUUCCACGAGUUGAUUCUGUCCGAUUGGUUUAAUAUACCAAUUGCCCUUUGUCACGAGUUGGGAUUGUCCGAUUGAUUCCGCAUCUAUCUUUUAUUUCAAGUUGGAGAAAAGCUUCGAAAAUCCUUCAAAAGAAGGAAGGCUGCAUACUUUGGUCAUAUAAUCCGAGUUCGAGGAUUCUCUUCGGAUUUGGAUCACAUCAAGUGGUAUCAGAGCCCGGUUCAAACUCAGCGGCGAUUUGAAGACAAUCGGUUCAAACUCAGCGGCGAAUUGAAGAUUACCGGUUCUCAGCGGCGAAAAAAAAAAAGGUGAACAAAGUUUUAUUUUUAUUUACUGUUCACGUGAAACAAAAAAAUAUCAAUCUGUUUUCCGUUAAGGUGAGUUUAGAGCUUUUGUUUGUGUUAUUAUUUUUUUUCUUAUUAAUAGUACGUAACUAGAAAAGAGAAGUAAAAAAAAAAAUUCCUUUUGUUACGUGAGCAUAAAAGAAAGAAGGAAAAAAAUAGUGGUAACGUGAGGAUAAGGAGUUGUGUUUUUUUUAUUUGUUUUUUCGUGUACUGUUCGUAAGUUAAGAAAAAAAAAAUUGUUUAAGGCCACAAAGCCUCGGCAGUAAGAGGAAGAAAAAAAAAUCUGUGUUUUUGUUUUUUGUGGUUCUUGAUUGAGGCGCAAGAAUGGAGCAAAAUCGACGAUUGGUGGAGAUGAUGCGGAAGUCGCUCAACGAUCUUAUCGAGGACUCUCUCACGACGAUCGAAGUUAUUCUUCAAGGGCAAGCACAAAUGGGAGAACGAAGGGGUGCCAAACUUGCUCGAUUGGAAGCUUUAUUGGGAAUUAAUUCAUCAGAGCAAGAUCAAGACAAGGAGUAUAUUGAAAUAUCGCCUAUGGAAGGUCCACUUUUCGAUACUUGUUGUGAAGAGUAUGAGGAUUUUGAUGAUGAGGAGGCGAUAGAAGAUGUUCUUGUUGAAAAGCCAGCUUUGGGUACGCCGGAUUGUGAGCAAUACAUGAAGAAACCAAAAAUCAAUGGAAGAGAUGAAUGCAUGAAAAUUAUGGGGGAUUCAUCAAUUGUUCCAGAAUAUGAUCAUAUUGAUUUCGUGGUUGGUGAUGCAAUUUUCGAAGAGGGAGCACGCAUGAAAAAGCGACGAGAAUUGCAUAACUAUGUGGAAGGUUUUCAUCAAAAUGGAGUCUCUACAAUUCAUGGACGAAUUGUUCUUAAGAAGGGGGGAAUGAUACAAUUCUCGCUACCACAACAAUUUCGUUCGAAGGCCCAGAAGAAUGGUGCUGAUUGGAGAUCAAAGUUCUAUAAAGAUUCGAGGUCGAAUCUUCUUCAAGAGAGAGGGAAUGAUGCAAUAUCGACUAGCACGAUAUUUAAUUCCCGUGGUCCAAAAAUGAAGAUUCGAAUUCGACGAUUUAAGAAUCAAUUGGGAGCGUAUUUAAUGGAUUAAUGGCGCUUCAAAUAUCAAAGCUCACCUACGUGAACAGGUGGUAUGCAAAGUGUGUUAUUUGGCAUGGAGUAAUUAGGUCAUUGAUCUAUUAUUUGGAUUGGGAUGACCACGUGGAAGGCAAUCUGGUUGCUUUGAUUAAUUCUCAUUCAUCAAAAGACAAGGCCACGUAAUUAGGGAAGUAAUGCAUUGUUGGUUGGUGAGCUGGUUGGUUGAUUGUUAUGUUAUCCGUCCAAGAAAAGGACAACAACUCGUAUGAAGGCAAAGAAGGAUUCCGCUGCAGCAAAGGAAAAGGAAAAACGCCAGCGGUGGUUUGGGUUUUAUGUAGUUUAUUUAUUUAUUAAAAGUUACCUACUUAGUUUAGGAUUUGUUUUCUUAGUUCUUUUAGGUUAGUUUUAUGUUUUUGAGACCUCUAUAAAUAGAGGGUGUAAGACCUACGAAUUUGGUACCCAAUAUUCAAGUUAUCAAUUAAGAGUUUUUACUCGUGUUCCUUUGUGAACGUUUGUGCAAGCUUCUGUCGAGAGUCUCCAGGAGUUUCACGUGUCUCUUAUCAACUAGAGAACGCGUCUAGUUGUGGCGAGCAUCUAUCCUAUAUCAAUUGCCCCUUUCCACGAGUUGGGAUUGUCCGAUUGAUUCCGCAUCUAUCUUUUAUCUCAAGUUGGAGAAAAGCUUCGAAAAUCCUUCAAAAGAAGGAAGGCUGCGUACUUUGGUCAUAUAAUCCGAGUUCGAGGAUUCUCUUCGGAUUUGGAUCACAUCAGUCAUGAAAGUGGAGGGUCUAGAAGGAUUCACCAAAAAUCUUCAAAAUCCAGUUGAAGACUUGUAUUAUGUUGUUACUAAAGAGAAGGCUGGGGACACGAAUUGGGACUAGUAAGACGUUUUUUAGUACGUGUGGUCGACCGUUUAGGUCAUGAGGUCGAGCGUUUGUCCAAUAAGGUCGACCGUGACUGUGAACAGGUUGACCAGUACGUUGCAAAUCACAAUUGACAUUUCUGUUAUUUUGAUUUUUGCAGUUUGACUGUUGUGGACUUUUUUCUGAAAACGUGCAACGACAUUAUUUGAGUUCAGUCAUUAGCGAGAAUAGCUAGGUUUGCUCAUCAGUAAGUACUAUACUACUACGACUUUCGUAUGAAUUGUGCACUAUUUAUGUUACGAUUUACGAUGAUUUUGUGUUUGAUUGUUGGAUGGUAGGUAGUGGAUUUGUGUGCAAGGGCACUAACAAUGUCUGAAAAACAUGAUGUGAAAGAGCCAAAUGUGUGGUAUUUGCCAAAUAUGUUUUCGGUAAGAGCCGUAAUGUCAAAUUAUUUUUCAUAACCUAGUUAUUUAUAUUGUACCAUGUCAAUUCAUCUCAAUUAAAACAUGGUGCAGAAAAUGGUACGCGCUAACAUGAAGACCAGACAAAUUCGUAACAAGUUGAUGAAUGAUGGCGUGGUGUUUAUGCCGAAUGUUAGUGCAUGCCAGAAGGUUAGUCUAGUCAAUGUCCCUAUAUCAUUAAAUUUCGAAAGUGCAUUUGUUUGUAUUCGCUGUUUAUAACAUAUAGUGAGUGUUUCGUUGCUAGAUAUUUAUGCCAGUUCUUGACGAUGAAGCACAUCAUUGGUUUCUGUAUCUCGUCAAUGUCCAGCAAAAAACUGCAUUUUUGCUUGACAGUCUACCUUCAACUAGUGAGGCGAAUCGUAGGCGUAAAUCAACACUAUGCAAGAAAUUGGUAAGUGUUUCCUAUAAUUUUCUGACUGUUAAGCGUCACGUAUUAUGCUAGAAGCUUAAAAUAUUCGUUAUUUGUGUGUAGUUGUCCAAUUUGGAUGAUAUUUUCAAACUGGAGCGCAUGAGCAAUGUAGUAGUACCAAAUUUUGGAGAUUUCAAUUCUGAUGAGUUACGAGUUCAACGGCAAAGGAAUAGUACUGAGUGUGGUGUGCACGUCAUGCAGUGGAUGCGCUAUGGAUCCAAGGAUCUGGAUAGAGUGGUGAGUAUAUCGUCAAACAAAUAACUUGUUUAAUUUACA